AUGGGCUUUGAAGAUACCUUUAAACAACUUGAACAAAAUUCGCCAGCAGUAUAUCAAGAAGCAAUCAGAAUUCUUACCAAAAUUGCUGAAAACAUUAUAAAAAACCCAUCUGAUUUAAAAGUUCGAACACUACAAAAGUCAAAUGUAACGAUUUCUAAUAAGAUUUUGUCAAUCAAGGGAGGAAAAGAAUGUUUGAAGCUAAUGGGAUUUGAAGAAAAAAAUUCUACAUUUGUAAUUAAUGCGCAUGUGCCAGUUAAGACAGUUGUUGAUUUUAAAAUGGCGAUAUUAUCCUGGAAAAAUAUUUUGGAACAAAAGCAAGCUUCAAAGGCACAGACUUCAAUUUUGCAAACUCCUACUAAGACGUCCAAUAUUGGAACUAGUUCUAAUAAAGAGAUUAUAAAGAAUAGUACUUCUACACCAACGGAAAAGAGUUCGAGUUUAGUUUUACAAGCAGCCUCUACGAGUAGCAACACUGGAUUCAGUAAUAAGACGGAAAAAGUGAUAAAAAAAGUUAAUCUACCAAAAUUAGAACACUUCUAUACACAUCCCUUUUUAAGAGUGCUGGAAACAUAUUCCCAUCAUGUUUUGCAAUAUGAAGAUAAAGAUCUCCAAGAUCGAACUCGAAACAUAAUACCCGUGGCAAAAUUAGAAGAAAAUGCUCAAAAACGACUGAGAUUGAUACAAACGCAUAUCAAAAAAAAUAAACUGAUAGACCCAGACUUGUCCGUACAAGACAUGCUUAUUUUGGAAUUGUUGCAAUGGUUUAAACAAGAGUUUUUUGAAUGGGUCGAUAGUCCAGCAUGUGAGCAUUGUGGUGGAGCUACUGCGUUUUCACAUAUGAGUACGGAUCGUGAGUUAUUACAAUAUACAGAUCGUGUUGAGUUGCAUAGGUGUAAGAGUUGCCAGAAAUUUACACCAUUUGCUCGGUAUAAUGAUCCCAAUAUUUUACUUGAAACGCGACGUGGACGUUGUGGAGAAUGGGCCAACACUUUUACUUUAUGUUGCCGUGCUAUGGGAUGGGAUGCAAGAUACGUUGUAGAAGAAGGAGAUCACGUAUGGACAGAGGUUUAUUCUAUUACUCAAAAACGUUGGCUACACUGUGAUCCUUGCGAAAAUAUCUGUGAUACACCUUUAAUUUAUGAAUCCGGCUGGAAGAAGAACAUUUCUUACGUAAUGGCUUAUUCCGCAGAAAAUGUUCAAGAUGUUACUUGGCGGUAUUCCAGUAAUCAUAAGGAAGUGUGUAAAAGACGGAAAAAAUGUACGGAAGAACAACUUUUAUCGGCUAUUUUAAAAAUCAGGGAGAAAUUACAAAAGAAUUUACCACAAUCUAGAAAAAGUUAUUUAGUCAAGAGAACUGUAUUGGAAUUAGUUGAAUUCUUACAUGAAAAGAAACCAAAAGAUGAUGAAUUACAAGGUAGAUCUUCUGGAUCAGAAAUUUGGCGUUUGGCAAGAGGAGAAAUUCAAGAAACUGCUUCGUCGGAGUAUAUCUGGCAAAUAAACUCAGAAGAUAUUAUCGACGACACAGUAACUAUUAGAUACUCACCGUCCAUAAAUAGAUAUGAAUAUAUUUCAGGAAGUAAGUUAUUGAACUCGCUGAACGAUUGGAGUUCUGGAACAUUUAAACACGAAAGUGUGUUUAGGAAAGAAGAAAAAGAUUGGAAAAUGGUGUACAUAGCUAGAAUAGAUGGUCAAGAACAAGGCAUUGUUUCCUGGAAAUUUAAUUUAAAGAACACUAACAAAAAUUUGGAUACAGUAGAUGUACAAUUUGGACAUAAAACAUUUGAAAAAGGAGUAGUCAGUGUUAGAAUAUGUGCUGCGGAUACAUGUAUAAUGUUACCCAAGG